CCGGGCCUGCGCCGGGACUCAACGCAUCGUCAUGCGUCAUACAGCCGAUAACUAGCACAAGACAUCGGAGUUCACCUUGCCAUCUGGUAUAUAACCAGGGUGUUGCUUCCUGGUUUCAACCCAGCCGGUGUCAGACAAGGCUCUCGAGUGGCACAUGUGACCGGCGCAGGGCAGCUCUUCGUGUUUCCCCGGCAUCGUCCCUCCUUCCAGCUCCUGUAAACAACACGCCGCAGCGAUCUUCCCUGCAAAAUACUGCCAGUUACACAAGUACAAGUAUCCGCAGAGCUUUAUCGGCACCUCCUUCAAACCGAUCCCUAGCACAUUUAACGAGUCACUUGCAGCAGAUGGCCACUACGCUAAAGGCGGGGCAUUUCCAGACUCACGAGUCCCCCGCACCCGACACCAUUCUCAUCCGCGACGCCCUCUAUGGCGACCACACAGUUACCGAGUCCGUCCUGGUUGAACUCCUCCAGGCGCCGGAUCUCCGCCGACUGAUCGGAAUCGGCCAGCACGGCGUAACCGGACACCUCGGACUGCUUCCCAAGCCGGUCAAGAUCACGCGGUUCGAGCACUCCGUCGGGGCAAUGCUGCUGGUCCGCAUCGCCGGCGCCAGCGUCGAGGAACAGGUGACUGCUCUGCUGCAUGAUAUCAGCCACACAGUGCUUAGCCAUGUGGUGGACUGGGCGCUUUCUCAGCCAGGGGAGGAGAGUUUCCACGAAGUGCAUAAAGCACGAUAUAUCCGGACGACGCAGAUCCUCGCCAUUCUGACCAAGCAUGGCAUUCCACAGACGGUCUUGGAUGAGGAGCAGUAUCCGCUCGUCGAGAUGGAUGCCCCGCACCUCUGCGCCGACCGACUGGAUUACUCCUUACGGGAUGCGGUCGCGUUUGGACUGUUCCCGCUGGACGACAGCCAUCGGGUGGUGGCCGCUCUGAAAGCGUUCCCUGAUGCGUUGUCUCCGCGUCGGAUGCUGGUGCUCACGGAUCCGCAGGUGGCCCUCCGGCUUGCGCGAGCGUAUAUGACUACGGAUCGAGAGGUGUGGUCUAACCCGACGCAUGUCGAGAUGUACCGCAAGACCGGACAGUUGAUCGGGGACCUGAUUCGCGGCGGACAGAUCCAGGAGGCAAUGCUGUGGGCCAUGUCGGACGAGGAGUUCUGGGAGCUGCUGAAGGACGUUGCUGAUCCGGAGGGCGCUGAGACACUGGAGAAGUUCGAGACCGAAGGACUGGUAGAAGCACAUGGCUUGCGUCUGCAUAAGAAGGCCAAGGUUCGCACGAUCGAUCCAGACAUUUUUGUUUAUCAGACAGAGGCUGUUGCGCUGUCGGUGGUGGAUCCAAACUGGGCUGUUGAGCGGCAGGAAUAUAUCCGGGGAAGAGAGGCUACGCGGGAGGUGUAAGAUCCAGAUCCUAGACGAGCAGACAGAACUUAAUGAAAAAUAUGCACAUGCGUGCAAUUAAUUGACAAUGG